UGUAUAUUAUAUAUGUAGCACAAUAGGUAGGCAUAUUUGCCCUUGGGGGUAUUUCAAUCAAUACCUUUUAGGUAAUGGCAAUAAGUGGAAAAAUAUUAUGUAUUGGGAUUUAGUUUCUGAAUAUAUGUAAAGAGGUAUUUAUGGCACUCUCUUUUAUUUUGACAUUUAGAGAUUUAAAGUUUAGAAGCUCAAUGAUUCAAAUAAACUGGUGCAGUGGUGCCUCUUAUUUGAUAAAAGCAGAACUCUUUAGAUUUAAGGAUAUAGGCAUGGAUAUUAUUUAGCUGCUCGGAUUUUGAGAAAGAAUAGCUAAAACAUUGAAUCAGAUUUAAUUAGGAAAAAUGGCUGCAUUCUUAGAUUUUUCUGAUGAAUCAUUUAGAAAAAAUCUAAAUGAGUUGUGUAAAUAUCCAGAUGUGAAAAAUCCAAAGGCAAAAGUAAAAAUCAACAUAAGUGGUCAUGUAUACGUUGUUUACCAGGAGACGUUAGACAAUAUACCUGGACAUCGCUUGUAUAAACUAACAAAAGAUGAUCCAUGUUAUGACAGUGAGAAUGAUGAAUAUUUUUUUGAAGCUAAUCCAGCCUUGUUUCCAUACAUUUUGGACUAUUUUAAACAAGGAUCCGUGCAUUUUCCCAAAUCGUUUUGCACUUUUACACUUCGAACGACAUUAGCUUUCUGGAAGAUUGAAGAUUCAGCUGUCCCUGUUUGUUGUUGGAAAGAGUUCACAAAAAGCAGCAUAGAAGUUCAAUACUACAUUAAAGUCUCCUCCAUCUUGAACUGGACAGGUAUUUUGCACAAGAGUCUGGAUGAUAAGGCAACUAAAUGGGCCCACCUGAAAAGAAAGAUCUGCAUCUUCUUGAAUGACCCAGCAUCAGGUUUUGGCUCAAAGAUUUGGAUGCUGUUCUUUCUGAUAAAUCUUCUGGCAUCACUAUUUGUCAUCACUGUGGAGAUGGAUGAGAAUUUUCGUGUCCCAAUUGAAACAAAGGGAAUAUUCAACGCCACUAACCCUAAGAUUGCAAAAAUUUUGGAAACAAACCUUCAUCCAACUUUACAAAUUAUAGAAAUAUGGACAACAAUUUUCUUUACUAUGGAAUGUAUGAUACAAGUGAUUGUCACCAAAUGUCGUUUCUGGUUCUUCAAACAGCCUGGGACUUACAUGGAUCUUAUAAGUAUCAUGGGGUCUUUUGUUGGAUUGGCUUUCAUGAUGUUUCCUGAAUUGUCUCAAAACAUUAGAUUGUCUCAAGAAAAGGCAAUGAUUAUUCUUGGAUUUGUUAACUUUGCCAGAUUUUUGAGAGUUUAUCGACUUAUUCGAUUGGCGAAUUACUAUAGAUCAUUCCGCAUACUAAUUGCUGCUCUUUAUGCCAGUAAGAUGGAGAUAUUCUUGCUAUGUUUCUUGUUAGUGACUGGCAUGGUUGUGUUUUCAAUUUUUAUCUUUUGGGCUGAGUUCCUCAUACAAGAUGGAUUUCCAUCAGUCUCAGUUGGAUGCUGGUGGGCAAUUGUUACUAUGACAACAGUUGGCUAUGGUGAUCUCCACCCUGAAUCAGUGGGUGGAUACUUUGUUGGAGCGUUGACAGCUGUUGUCGGUCUAAUUUUUACAGGACUCCCUAUUCCAAUAAUUGGUAAUACUUUUAAUGAAAUGUUCCAAGCUGCAAAGUUUGAGGAACACUGGAAUGAAAAUUUGAAAAAUCGUGAGAAAAACUCUGAUACAAAAAUUUCAAAAGCCAAGGUAGAGUCAAGU